AUGGCCAGCUCAUCACCAUUGCCGAGUCACUUGUGUUCCAUCAGUCAGCUCUCGACACACCGUCCAAGUGACAAAGUGCGUUUUUUGGGGUGUGUUAAUCAAUAUCAUGAGUCCACUGCUCUGCUCUCCCUUUUUCACAACUUCCCAUCUCCCCAAGAUCGUCACAUCGCUCAAGUCGAUAUAAGUCAACUACUAGACACCAUCGAUCACCAAAACCUCCAAGUCGGUGCCUGGCUCAAUAUCAUUGGCUAUGUCGGCCCUUCUCCGUCCAGGAAUCGAACGAAGAUACAAGCCAUCAUGUUAUGGUCCGCUGGAGCUGUCAAUCUGCAGCAGUACGAGACCGCUCUUGUCUCCAGGCAGACGACUUGA